AUGUUGUCGCAGUUCCUUGGCGCACUCAUCAACCUCCGGACUCUGGCGCUCGAGGUGAACCUUCAAUCUUUUAAUACACACACCAUCAAGUUGCCUCGUUUGCAUAGCCUGGCUAUCAAGUCGCGCACAAUCGAUUGUUGGGGCACGGGAUUUCUCCACAAUGUUCAAAUGCCUGAUCUUCGGAUCUUGACCUUGUGUGUAAACGCAGAGCAGCCUGACGACAGUAUUGAAUAUUUCCUUGAUGAAUUGGUAAAUCUUACCGAUUCUGAGGAUCCUCUAGAGCUGGAUGAACUCCACCUUUUCGAUUUUGCCCAGCAUGUAGAUGCUGGGUUCCUUCAUCGCCUGUACACCAAGAUGUCUAAGGUCAAAACAUUGACAUUAGGACCAGGGGAGGAUUACGACAAUCUCGUGCUGGCAACGGCGCUGCUCCCCACAUCCAGCAGACUGCAAGAUCUCCCUCUCCCUGGACUUCAGACACUUGUUGUGUUUGAUGUUCCAAAACAACUCAUACGGCGCAUCAUACUAGAACGCCAGUCGCUUGCUGGUCCGUUAGAGGAGCUUUACUGUAGUUACCCUGAGGGCAACGAGACAGAUGAUUGGCAACUUCAAGUCAAGAAAUUCCACCGCAUUGGUCACGUGAAGUCCACCCGUUACACUGACGUGGUUGCCAGGCAGUGGACAUAUUUAGUCUAG